AUGGAUGAUAAAAUUUCGGACAAGAAAAAUAACAAAAAUAUGUUGUGGACAGAAAUAUCCACAAAAUUGAACGAAAUGGGCUACUAUGUAGGACAAGGAGUACAGGGAAGAGAUAAAUGUAGACAAAAAUUCACCAACCUACAAGCAUCAUAUAUUAAUUAUAAAGAUAAACAGAAGAUGACAGGGCAAGGAAAAAUAGUCAUGCCACCUUCCUUUCACGAAAUUGAUGAAAUAUUAGGCAGCAAGGAUAAGACUUAUACAGUUUUGGUGAUAGAUUCGUUACCCGAGUCAUUACCAGAAUCAUCUCAAGCAUCAAGUUCACAAACAAAUGAAUCUAGUGUGAAAGAAAAUAGAUUCAAACGAGUUAAGGCCUCUGUGGUUCCCAACAAAAAUAUAGUUUUAGAAAAAUUGUAUUCUUUGGGGAAAGAAAACCAAGAGAUUCGUAAAGAGCAGUUCAGCUCCAUGAUGACCUUCCUUAAUUCUGAAAGCGAGAAAAGACAUGAAGAAACUAUGGCACUCAUCAAUAGUUUGUCAAAAAACAGAACGGUCAAACGAAAAAGAAGGGAAAAUACAAGUGAUUCAGACUGA